CCCGGCGGACGGGGUUGGGUUUUCCCGGCGCCGUAGUAUUGACCGAACGUACGUACGGAACUUGCGCUUCUGUCGCUGCACCACCACCGCCGUGCAACGUUCUACGUUAAACACCCAGUACUGAGAUUUAUGCGAUUGUUUAGUGAACUGGCAGUCUGUCACCCAACUACGAAACACAUCUCAGGUGUCUUCAAAGUGUAUGUCAGGGGGAAUCUCUGCUAGCAUAGCCACCAGCAGACUGCAAGCUGAGGGAAUGGGCUCCAACGACCACGCCGUACCCUUCCUUAACCAGGACUAUGAGGCUUUGAGGCAGGAGUGUCUGGAGACGGGGUGUCUGUUCAGGGACCCCUCCUUCCUAGCCGAGCCUCCCUCUCUGGGCUUCAAGGAACUGGCCCCCUUCUCCGCCAAGACCAGGGACGUAGAAUGGAUGAGACCCACGGAGCUAACAGAUGACCCUCAGUUCAUCCUGGGAGGAGCUACCAGAACAGACAUCUGCCAGGGAGCUCUAGGUGAUUGCUGGCUCCUAGCAGCCAUAGCCUCUCUAACCCUCAAUGAGAGGCUACUCCACCGAGUGGUCCCUCAUGGUCAGUCCUUCCAAGAGGACUAUGCUGGGAUCUUCCACUUUCAGUUCUGGCAGUUUGGUGAGUGGGUGGACGUGGUGAUUGAUGACCGGCUGCCAACGAAGGAUGGAGAGAUCAUGUUCGUUCACUCAGCCGAGGGCAAUGAGUUCUGGAGCGCCCUGCUGGAGAAGGCCUACGCCAAGUUGAAUGGUUCCUAUGAGGCUCUGUCUGGAGGCAGCACCACAGAAGGCUUUGAGGACUUCACCGGCGGUGUGUCUGAGAUGUACGAGCUCCGUAAGGCUCCACGGGACCUGUACAGGAUCAUCAGUAAAGCCCUGGACAGGGGCUCCUUGCUGGGCUGCUCCAUCGACAUCACCAGUGCUUUUGACAUGGAGUCUGUGACUUUCAAGAAGCUGGUGAAAGGUCAUGCUUACUCAGUAACCGGUCUGAAGAAGGUGGACUACCAGAGUCAGGUGGAGAGGCUGAUCAGGGUGAGAAACCCCUGGGGACAGGUGGAGUGGACUGGCGCCUGGAGUGACAAUUCUCCUGAGUGGGAUGAGGUGGACCCAUCUGAAAGAGAGGACCUUCAUCUAAAGAUGGAGGAUGGAGAGUUCUGGAUGUCAUUCCAGGAGUUCCUGAGGCAGUUUUCCCGUCUGGAGAUCUGUAACCUGACGGCAGACGCUCUGAGUGAGGACGGCCUCAGCCACUGGAACACCAUCAAGUUCCACGGCAUGUGGAGACGGGGGAGUACCGCCGGGGGCUGCCGUAACCACCCCAACACAUUCUGGAUCAAUCCCCAGUAUAAGAUCACUCUGCUGGAGGAGGAUGACGACCCUGAGGAUGAAGAGGUGGCUUGUAGCUUCCUGGUGGCUUUAAUGCAGAAGGACAGGAGGAGGUACCGGAAACAGGGACAGGACAUGCACACCAUCGGGUUUGCCAUCUACGAGAUUCCAGAAGAGUACAGGGGCUGUCAGAACGUGCACCUGAAGAAAGACUUCUUCCUGACCCAUUCAUCCUGCGCUCGCUCUGAGACCUUCAUCAACCUGAGAGAGGUCAGCAACCGUCUCCAUCUGCCUCCAGGAGAAUAUCUCAUCGUCCCCUCCACCUUUGAGUCUGGCCAGGAGGCCGACUUUGUCCUGCGAGUCUUCACUGAGAAACAGUCUGAGACAGAAGAGCUAGACGAUGAAAUCUCAGCAGACCUGGAAGAUGAGGAUGACAUCAGUGAAGAUGACAUUGAAGACUCUUUCAAAUCCAUGUUUGCUCAGCUGGCAGGAGAGGACAUGGAGAUUUCUGUCCGCGAGCUUAGGACCAUCCUGAACAGAGUAGUGACUAGACAUGAAGACCUGAAGACAGACGGCUUCAGUAUGGAGUCCUGUAGGACCAUGGUCAACCUUAUGGAUAAGGAUGGCACUGCCCGUCUCGGCCUGGUAGAGUUCCAGAUCCUCUGGAAUAAGAUCAGGAAGUGGCUGGUCAUCUAUAGAGAAUAUGACAUGGACAAGUCGGGAUCCAUGAGCUCCUAUGAGAUGCGACUUGCUGUGGAGUCGGCAGGUUUUAAACUGAACAACAGACUGAAUCAGGUCCUAGUGGCUCGCUAUGCUGAGAACGAGGCCAUAGACUUUGACAACUUCAUCUGCUGCCUGGUCAAACUGGAAGCCAUGUUUAGAUCUUUCCAGCAGCUAGACAAAGAGGGAGAAGGAGUGGCUGAGAUGAACAUCACUGAGUGGCUUUAUAUGACCAUGUGUGGUUGAAGAGGACCAGUUUUCUCCCAGGAGAGGGACAGACUGAACAGCCAACGUGCCCUGCAAAGUGCCUCUUCACUGGGCUCAUAUAAAUCUACUGUAGCCUCUUCAACCUGAAACCAUGCGUACCUUCCUAGCCUUUAUCUUCCUCUGCCUGAUCUGAACUAUAGUGCUGACCUGUACUGUACUGACUCAGAUAUUUUAUUUCUCCAUUGUCCUUUCCAGCACGGUUCCAGCUACUAUGGUGAAAGAAUAACCAGCCCUGUUCAGUUCAGCUCAGUUUGGCCCUAUAGUGUGAAUCAGUUACUCCUGCCAACUACACUACAGCACACCCUGACAACUACACUACAGCACACCCUGACCCACCCCCCCUCAGCCUGCCAACUACACUACAGCACACCCUGACCCACCCCCCCUCAGCCUGCCAACUACACUACAGCACACCCUGACCCACCCCCUCUCAGCCUGCCAACUACACUACAGCACACCCUGACCCACCCCCCUUAGCCUGCCAACUACACUACAGCACACCCUGACCCACCCCCCUCAGCCUGCCAACUACACUACAGCAAGCCCCCUGACCCACCCCCUCUCAGCCUGCCAACUACACUACACCAAGCCCCCUCACCCACCCCACCUCAGCCUGCCAACUACACUACACCAAGCCCCCUGACCCACCCCCUCUCAGCCUGCCAACUACACUACACCAAGCCCCCUCACCCACCCCACCUCAGCUAACCCCAUAUAGCAGUGAGGGUCCUACUAGCCAUGCAAUGCUACGGGGUUACCUAUGCAAAAUGUUAGAAUUGUUAUUUUAUUCACUGUGGAAUUGUAGAUCUGUCUGUAAACAAAGUGGGAUGCACGACACUAAUGAGCCAUACUGGUAUCGUCCCGGCCCUACUAGAGCUGUCUGUGAACAGCAUGGGUCAGAGCACGAAGCAUCACGAAGUAUGGCUGUAUGGAUACACGUUUUAAAUCACAUUAGUUGAACUGAAGAGGAUCAGGUCUGUUUGUCUUUUGCUGUUUAGUGCACGUGAACUGUUUCAUCACCUGUUUGACCCACCGUGGGGUUAGUGGGGUGUCAUGGGAAUAUUUACAGAUAGUGGAUCUGGAUCACUCUCUCACCGAGGUUCUGUCAACAACGUUGUCAAAGAUAUAUCGUAGAUUUUUAGGUUUAUUAUUUUGUGAGAUAUGAAGGAAGUAUCUUGAUUAUGGCAGUGUUCUGGGUAAUAUAAUUUGACUUAUUCCCACAAACAUUAGAUUUUUUUAACCACAGCUGAUAUUUGAGGACAUUAUUUGACUAUGCCCACUAGGUGGAAGUAUUGAAGAGUCUCAGUGUGGUGAUCGUGGUACUGCAGUUGUAGAAUGUUACUGUAUAUGAGUAAAUACAGUAUUUUAGUUAUUAAACUGAACAAAAGUAUAACUGACAAGUAACAAAUCAUAGUUUUUAUGGGUUUAAAACAUCUCAUAUUGGAUAAUAUUUUACAGACUGAGACCACGUGGAUUGGAUUACAAUGCAGAUUAAAGGGAUGGUUAAUCUAAUUUUCAUUGGGUAAAAUGUAUUUGAGUGGAUUGGAUUAAUGGGAUGGAUAAUCAAAUUUUCAUUAAAAUGUAUUUGAGUGGAUUGGAUUAAAGGGAUGGUUAAUUUCAUUUUCAUUGGGUAAAAUGUAUUUGAGUGGACUGGAUUAAAGGGAUGGUUAAUCUAAUUUUCAUUGGGUAAAAUGUAUUUGAGUGGAUUGGAUUAAAGGGAUGGAUAAUGUAAUUUUCAUUCAAAUGUAUUUGACUGGAUUGGAUUAAAGGGAUGGAUAAUCUAAUUUUCAUUCAAAUGUAUUUGAGUUGUCUAUAUGAAUGAUCUAUAAGAUCAAAGGAAGCAGUGCGAGGAAAAAGUUCAACAUAAUUAAAUCCAUCAAUGUCUACUGUA